UUGACAGGACGAUGGAUCGUACACGCAGCAUCAGUCUUCAAGCGCCGUUGUGUGCCACUAGCCUCCUCAGUUUGCCACGUUCAACCUACUAAUUGUUGAUUCAGUUACAUUAAUUUAAAAUGUAUAUAUGUGAGGAAAAUGCGAAGGCAUGAAGGAUAGGAAAUAGGCUGCCAUCCAGCAUGUGUUUCAUGUGGUAGGCAUGCAGACGUAUACUGUACGUGGCCUCUCUAGUCUCUCGGGAAUCGAAAGCGAAGUUGAUUAUGGGAUGCUAUGUAUGCGCUGUCAUCACGAGGCAGGUCUCAAAAGUCAUGAGUAUAGGUGCUUCUGAACCACAAGACAGGAGACUAAUAAGCCACUACAAUACAUUUUAACUUCUAAUUUCUUGUUCUCCAAAGCUGAGAGAGGAGAGAAGAUGCGAUCGAAUUUUCUAAUUUGCUCCGUUAAUUUCACACAAAAUAACAAGUAUUAUUUUGUUUUGUUUUGAUUUCUUAUCUAAUUCAAAACUGUAAACGUUUUAGUGGCCUAUGACGUUUAUUCUUCAGCAUAAAUUGGAAAAUAAGUAGUCCAUACAAAUUCAAGAUUGGAUGCAGAACUUAACAAGAAGAUCAUUGACAUCGGAACUAAUGCUACCGCUUUGACAGAGUUUCUGGACUGGAAUUUAAAAAAUAACUUAAAAAAAUUAUCAAAUACAUUUACUCUGCCUGACAAAAAGAACCAUGCUCGGAGAGGGAGAAAGCAACUCCUUCCCUUCCCCCAAGGAUGCCCCCGACCCGGAGGAGAAGAGAAAGUCCCCCGUGGUGGGUGCAGAUGACCCGGCCAUGGCCGGCAGUGCUAGCCGGUACACCGAUGGACUCGGGUCAGGCCGAUAUUAUCUGUCACCAUCCAAGACAGCUGGAGAAGUGACGAGUCCCUGUUCCUUAUUCCCUUAUUCCCAGUCUGGGGCCGUGUACACCGCGCCCGGCGGGUCUAGGUAUUCGACGUCGCUUCACUUCGGUUCGGUGUUGCCUCCCACGGGUUUCUCCUCGGCGGUGUGCCCCGGGCGCAAUCAAUUCGGCCCGGCCUACCAGUUCGGACAAGGUGGCUGUCUCUAUCCGUCCUAUAGCAGUGGUGCCGGUGGAGUGACCCCAUCUUCCAGCGCAGGGAUGAGGGCUCAGGUCUACCUCUGCAACCGGCCUCUCUGGCUCAAGUUUCAUCGCCAUCAGACAGAGAUGAUUAUUACCAAGCAAGGCAGGCGAAUGUUCCCGUUCCUCAGUUUCAACAUGACUGGUUUGAAUCUCUCCGCUCACUACAACGUGUUUGUGGAGGUCGUGCUCGCUGACCCCAACCACUGGAGGUUUCAAGGCGGGAAAUGGGUCACUUGUGGAAAAGCUGACAAUAACAUGCAGGGAAACAAAAUGUAUGUGCAUCCCGAAUCGCCCAACACCGGAGCGCACUGGAUGAGACAAGAGAUCUCUUUUGGUAAACUGAAGCUUACUAACAACAAGGGCGCCAGCAACAAUGCACAGAUGAUAGUUCUUCAGUCUCUUCAUAAGUACCAGCCAAGGCUGCACAUUGUGGAGGUGACAGAGGACAGUGUGGACAUGAGCUCUAGUGACCCAAAGACCCAGACCUUCACAUUCCCUGAGAACCAAUUUAUUGCUGUCACUGCAUACCAGAACACGGAUAUCACACAACUAAAAAUUGACCACAACCCUUUUGCAAAAGGCUUCAGAGAUAACUAUGAUUCCAUCUACACAGUUCCAGAGGGCGACCGGUUAACCCCGUCUCCGACCGAUCCAUCUCGCUCCCAUCAGAUCGUCCCAGGUCCCCGCUAUGCAAUGCAACCUCUGUUCCAGGACCAGUUCGCAAAUAACCUGCCCCAGAACCGCUUCUACAACAGCGAGAGGACCGUACCCCAGAACAAUGGCCUCCUAUCGCCCCAGCCAGAGGACAGCGCCUCCCAGAGGUGGUUUGUCUCCAUGCAGCAGACAGGAGCUGGCUCCAACAAGUUGGAUCUGAGCUCCUACGAAGGGGACUACGCCAGCGGCCUGAUCCCAUACAGUAUCAAGUCCCUGCCUCUACAGACUCCUCACGCUCUCAGCUACUACCCUGAUUCUCCGUUCAGCCCAAUGGCGACGGGCUGGGGCUCCAGAGGGUCCUAUCAGAGAAAAGUAGCCACAGGACUCCCCUGGUCCCCGAGACCCAGCCCCCAAGGAUUCCCUGAGGACCAGCUGCCAGUGGCCGACAAGGACAUAGCUCAGGAAGAUGAGAUUAGCAGCAGUGGGGGCAGUCUAACGUCAUCAUGGAGCGAUCACCACUCACCCCUGGACAAGGCUGACUCUGCGGCCUACAACGGGGUGUGUAAGAGGAGGCGCACAUCGCUGGUGGGACCGAGCACGGAGAGCUCUCUCAACAUUAAGUGUGAGGAGGACCUGACGCCCACGGCGAUAUACACCAAGGACUCCCCUGUUACUAAAAGCAUGGCUUACUGCUCCUUCUACAUGAGCCCUUAGCUCGAUUGGUUAUGCUAAUUUUUGGGAAAUCCUGUAGCGAGUUAUUUCGUAUUUAAUGGGAGUUUCUAGUCAGUUUCUAUUCUGCCAAAUCUGUACCACCUACGUAUCGAUUGAUCUUACCCACUCAGAUUUUCUACAUAUGACGCUGACUGUGUGUGAUUUCUUUGCAUUUGAUACACCCAGUGGGUUGGUUUGUAAUAUGUAUUAAAAUCUAUACAUUUUUGGUCCUGGAUUUUGAAUGACUGAAGGUGUGGUAUAUUAAAGGUUGAAAAUGUAGGUGGUACAAACCCUGAAUGCUUAUUGGCUGAUUGUAAACAAAACUGUGUAUCUUGGGUAUGGUGUGAAAUACCACAAGGUAUUACACAAAAAAUAUUUGUUUACUAAUAAUAUUGGUAACUACUUACAUUUACUUAUUUUUUUGUCAUUUAGCAAAGGCUCUUAUCCAUAGCAACUUACCGGACCAAUUAGGGUUAAGUGCCUUGCUCAAGGACAGAUUUAUCACCUUGCUGACCAGACAUUUUGGUUGCUAGCCCAAAUCCCCAACCACUAGGCUAUCUGCCACCAGUUUAUAAUAGCAAUAAGGCAUAUUGGGUGUGUGUGUUACUGAAUUUGGCCCCCAUGGCUUCAACCUGUAUCCAGACACUGUUGUGCAUAAGAACGGCAUAUACCACACCCAUUUGAGUCUAGAUUGUUUAAUUAUUCACCAAACCAAUUAUGUGUGUGUACAGUAAAUGCCUUCUCACUGAAGUUUAAUUUACAAACACGACUUCUGUGGAUACUAUCGCUGUGCAUAGUAACAUGUAGCCUAUGUUAUAUUGUAUAACAUAUAGCCAGGCUUACUGUACAUUGCAAUGUUAUGAGUUUUUAUAAUAAAAAGUAU